GGUCCAGUGGGUCUCGGAAAAUGGCAUCUCCAGAGGUAAGACAGACAGACACCAUCCCUGACUCACUAAACCACUGAUUACAGUACUCUGCUGAUGAUGCUGGAGCCCUGUUGAUAAAACUGUGUUUUCCACUACCUUUAGCUUUAGGGAACAGUGUGUGUAUUUACACAACUUUCUAGAACCCGGUGAAGAUGUGUUGUAUAUCACCUGUCUGUCUGUGUCCUCUCCCUAGACACAGGCUAUGUGGAAAGGGAGGGGGGAGGGGGAACUGGUUUUGAUGGUUUCUGUGUAUCAAUGGCAGAUGUUUACCUUUUUAAGCUGUGUGUCAUAAAACCAAACAAUGGAGAGAACAAUAUGACACUGAAACUUGUUUUAAUGGAGUCAAACACACACAACUCUACAGUGCAUUUUUAGUUUCUUAAUACCCUUUAUUUCUCCUUAUGCUCUCUCUCUCUCUCUCUUCUUGUCUCUCUCUCUCUCUCUUCUUGUCUCUCUCUCUCUCUCUUCUUGUCUCUCUCUCUCCUUGUCUCUCUCUCUCUCAUUGGAGUGCAUGCUGGAAGUGAGUCGUGAAGCAGGAGUGAUUUGUGAGAGCGACUGGAAUUAUUUUCACUCUAUUGGGUUUUGGUGUGUGUAUGUGUGUAUAUAUAUAUAUAUAUAUAUAUAUAUAUAUAUAUAUAUAUAUAUAUAUAUAUAUAUAUAUAUAUAUAUAGAUAGAUAGAUAGAUAGAUAGAUAGAUAGAUAUACAGUGGGGGAAAAAAGUAUUUAGUCAGCCACACAACAAGCAAGAUUUCUGGCUCUCACAGACCUGUAACGUCUUCUUUAAGAGGCUCCUCUGUCCUCCACUCGUUACCUGUAUUAAUGGCACCUGUUUGAACUUGUUAUCAGUAUAAAAGACACCUGUCCACAACCUCAAACAGUCACACUCCAAACUCCACUAUGGCCAAGACCAAAGAGCUGUCAAAGGACACCAGAAACAAAAUUGUAGACCUGCACCAGGCUGGGAAGACUGAAUCUGCAAUAGGUAAGCAGCUUGGUUUGAAGAAAUCAACUGUGGGAGCAAUUAUUAGGAAAUGGAAGACAUACAAGACCACUGAUAAUCUCCCUCGAUCUGGGGCUCCACGCAAGAUCUCACCCCAUGGGGUCAAAAUGAUCACAAGAACGGUGAGCAAAAAUCCCAGAACCACACGGGGGGACCUAGUGAAUGACCUGCAGAGAGCUGGGACCAAAGUAACAAAGCCUACCAUCAGUAACACACUACGCCGCUAGGGACUCAAAUCCUGCAGUGCCAGACGUGUCCCCCUGCUUAAGCCAGUACAUGUCCAGGCCCGUCUGAAGUUUGCUAGAGUGCAUUUGGAUGAUCCAGAAGAGGAUUGGGAGAACGUCAUAUGGUCAAAUGAAACCAAAAUAUAACUUUUUGGUCAAAACUCAACUCGUCGUGUUUGGAGGACAAAGAAUGCUGAGUUGCAUCCAAAGAACACCAUACCUACUGUGAAGCAUGGGGGUGGAAACAUGCUUUGGGGCUGUUUUUCUGCAAAGGGACCAGGACGACUGAUCCGUGUAAAGCAAAGAAUGAAUGGGGCUAUGUAUCGUGAGAUUUUGAGUGAAAACCUCCUUCCAUCAGCAAGGGCAUUGAAGAUUAAACGUGGCUGGGUCUUUCAGCAUGACAAUGAUCCCAAACACCCCGCCCGGGCAACGAAGGAGUGGCUUCGUAAGAAGCAUUUCAAGGUCCUGGAGUGGCCUAGCCAGUCUCCAGAUCUCAACCCCAAAGAAAAUCUUUGGAGGGAGUUGAAAGUCCGUGUUGCCCAGCGACAGCCCCAAAACAUCACUGCUCUAGAGGAGAUCUGCAUGGAGGAAUGGGCCAAAAUACCAGCAACAGUGUGUGAAAACCUUGUGAAGACAUACAGAAAACGUUUGACCUGUGUCAUUGCCAACAAAGGGUAUAUAACAAAGUAUUGAGAAACUUUAGUUAUUGACCAAAUACUUAUUUUCCACCAUAAUUUGCAAAUAAAUUCAUUAAAAAUCCUACAAUGUGAUUUUCUGGAUUUGUUUUUCUCAUUUUGUCUGUCAUAGUUGACGUGUACCUAUGAAGAAAAUUACAGGCCGCUCUCAUCUUUUUAAGUGGGAGAACUUGCACAAUUGGUGGCUGACUAAAUACUUUAUUUCCCCACUGUAGAUAUAUAGUUUAGUUUAGUUGUUUUAAGGUUAUCUUGUCUAACUAUCACUAAGCACGUAUACGGGUGGUGGGAUCGUUGAGGUUGUUUUUUGCAAGGGCACAACCAGCGGGUGGGGCUGGUUGCAAUGGCCACUCGCGGAAGUUUGGAGUUUGAAAAACGUAGUCGCCGGCAUGGAGUAAAGAUUCCUGCUGCGGCCGGGUGUUCAGUGGAAGAAUGUAGCUUGGCAGUGGGUGCUAUCAUUGGGUAUGAUAGCAUCAAAUCAGCCUCAAGGAUGAAUAGCGCUGUAGUGAUAUUCUUAGAUUCCAUUGAAAAGGUGAAUACGAUAGUUGAGAGUGGUGUUGUGUUGCGGGAGACACAGACACCGGUAUUUCCGCUUAUGAAUCCGGCGAAGAAAGUUAUACUUUCUAACGUGCCACCAUUUGUUAGAGAUGAAGUGUUGGCGCGAGAGUUAUCUCGUCAUGGUCAAAUUGUAUCUACAAUAAAGAAGGUUAAUUUUGGAUGCAAAUAUCCUUUGCUGAAACAUGUCGUGUCUCAUAGGAGACAAGUGCAUAUGAUUUUAAAGAAGGACACUGACGAAUUGAAUUUAGCAUUCAGUUUUAAGAUUGAUGGAUUUGAUUAUGUCUUCUACGCUUCUACUGAAUCAAUGAAAUGCUUUGGCUGUGGAAGAGAGGGGCAUUUGGUACGUAAUUGUCCCGAGAACGAGCGCGCAGUGUCUGGUAGCAGCUCUAGUGCUGGUGCAGCUAAUGCACCACCGCGAAGGGAUGAACAUGCUAAGGGUGCUGGGGAAGGGAGGAGGUGGGCAGAUGUGGUUGGAAAAGUAGGAGAGGAAGGCAGUUUGGAUACGGGGGCAAUUGUGGUAGAUCAGAACAAAGGAGAGGAAAAAGUCGGUGAGAUUGCGACUGCCGUCGCUGAGGUGGUGCUGGAAAAUGAAAUUGGAGGUCAAGAGGAGGUUGAAAUAAUGGAAAAGGAAGCAGCUGUUUUCAAAGUACCAAGGAGUAAGAGGAAGAAUGUAAGGGGUGGUGAAGGGUCUAAUUCCAAGAGGAAGGUAGAGAUUGAUAAAUCAGUUGAAGAUAAAUAGGUUGUAGAGAUGGUGGAGUUUUCUUCUGGGGAGGAUAGCGAGAGUGUGUCAUCUGAUGCGUCACAACAAAAUAGUGAGAUAAAUGGGGUGGAAGGGAGGUAUGGGAUUGAGAAGGUACGUCAAUUUCUGAAGUUGACAAAAGGGAAGAAAUAUAUGCAGGAUUAUAAUGUAACAGAUUUUUUCCCUGAAAGUGAAUUGUUUAUUGAAUCAGCAAUUUUUCUGAUGUCAAAAAUAACAGGGGGAGGUUUGACAAGCCCUGAAAUUGCUCAAGAAAGUGGUCACGAGAGUGAUAAGUGAUGGAAAUUCUAAAGAAAAUGAAAGAGUUCAGUCGCAGCUUUAACUCUGUAAAGAGAUGUGGUUUAUGUGUCUUCCUCUGUACUUUUUCCAUCCAUGAGCAGUUUUAACAUUUCUUCUUUAAACGUAAAUGGGGCAAGAGACGUUAAAAAAAGAGCCAUAGUAUAUGAGUUAAUUAGGGGAAAGGGAAGUGACAUACAUUUUCUACAAGAAACGCAUAGUAAUAUGGGAAAUUAAGUUAUGUGGCAACAGGAGUGGGGGGGGUGGGGGACAGUGGUGUGUAGUCAUAAAAACUCCAAAAGUGGGGGUGUGACCACCUUGUUCUCAAAAGGGUUUUUGCCUUUGUCAUAUGAGGUUGAAGAGGUAGUUGAGGGGAGGUUAUUAAAAGUUAGAGCAAGGUAUGAAAACAUCACUAUGUGUCUGAUAAAGGUAUAUGCCCCAGUGGUGGCAGUUGAGAGUGUAUGUUUUUUAGAGACAUUAUCAAAUACCAUUUGAGAAAUGUAAUAAUGAAGAUUAUUUAUUUAUUGCUGGGGAUUUUAACUGCACAGUCAGUGAUUUAGAUAGAAAUCACAAAGAACCUCAUAUAGCCUCAAGGACUUUUUUUAAACGCCUCAUUGUAACACAUGAACUGUGUGAUAUUUGGCGGAGUCAACAUGGAGGCACGAGAGAGUACACCUGGGCGCAUGUGAGAGAACACCAUCUCUAUGGCCAGGUUAGAUAGGUUUUAUUGUUUUGAGCAUCAAUCUCGGGUCUGUAAAUCAAGUGUGAUAACCCCAGUGGGAUUUUCUGAUCAUUGUUUAAUAACAGAGGUGGUGUUCAUUAACUAUGUAAAACCCAAAAGCGCAUACUGGCAUUUUAAUAUAACUUUAUUGAGUGAUGCUCACUUCUGGAAAUGUUUUAGUUUUUUCUGGGAGAGGUGGAGGUCUCAAAAGGCCAGUUUUGUAUCCCUUCAACAGUGGCGGGAUAUAGGGAAAAUCCAGAUUCAACAAUUAUGUAAUCAAUACACGAGGAAUGUCACCAAGGAUAUCACCAGAUCAAUGAAAGCACUAGAGACUGAAAUAGUGGAACUCAUGACGUUGGUUGAGACCACAGGAGAUCGAGGCCAUACUCAGGCCCUGAAGAGGAAAGAAGCUGCAUUGGCAGACCUGCUGGGUAUCAGAGCACAGGGGGCAUUGGUGAGAAGUACGUUUCAGGGAAUCUCUGAAAUGGAUGCCUCAUCCACAUUUUUCUUUGGUUUAGAGAAAAAGAAUGGACAAAGAAGAAUUAUUCAUUGUCUCAAAUCAGCUGUUGGACAGGAGCUCACUAGCCCUAGUGAAAUUAGAAAGAGGGCAGUAGAGUUCUAUGCUGAGCUCUACAAGUGUGAGUACAAAGAGGAUAAAACAGUGACACCGCAGUUCCUUGAUGUGCUCCCACAGGUGGCUGCAGACGCUCAGGUUGAGCUAGAGCAACCAUUGUCUUUGCAGGAGCUAUACACUGCAUUAAAAGGCAUGGAAAAUGGAAGGGUACCAGGCAUUGAUGGGCUUCCCGUUGACAAAGUCUUUUUGGGCUAUGUUGGGAGAGGAUUGGCUAGGAUUGGCUAGCAGAGCUGAAUCCAGGCUCUGUCGUAGCCGGUCGCGACCGGGAGACCCAUGGGGUGGCGCACAAUUGGCCCAGCGUCGUCCAGGGUAGGGGAGGGAAUGGCCGGCAGGGAUGUAGCUCAGUUGGUAGAGCAUGGCGUUUGCAAUGCCAGGGUUGUGGGUUCGUUUCCCACGGGGGGCCAGUAUAAAAAAUUAUGUAUGCACUCACUAACUGUAAGUCACUCUGGAUAAGAGCGUCUGCUAAAUGACGUCAAUGUAAAUGCAGUAGUUAAUGAUAGUUUAACCGGAGGGUUACUACCAAUAAGCUGCAGAAGGGCUGUCCUCACCCUACUGCCCAAAAAGGAUGACCCUAGGGAGGUGAAGAACUGGAGGUCGGUGGCUUUAUUGUGCACUGAUUAUAAGCAAGGGUGCACAUAACUGGUACGCAGGUACGCAAGAGCGACAAAAAUCAGGAAUGCGUAAUGCCACUUGUGUUACUACGCGCCUUUGCGUACUUGACCGAUCUUCUCAUCUAACCUUACACAUGACAUGUUGCUUGUCAACUACUGUCAGGGAUGUCCAAAAAGCAACAGACAUUAAGCAAGUCUUUUGCGUUUCGCCACCUACAAAGAAACGCCAACUGGAGCCAGAGCCGAAUAAUUAAUUUUUUGGGAAAAGUGGCUCCAAGAUGUGCAGUGGCUUGACGCUAACGAUGAGCGCACUGAAAUGUGGUGCAAGAUUUACCUCUCAAAUCCACAUCUAGCAGACAAAACAGGUGCAUUUUAUAAAGGCUCAAAGAAUUUCAACCAUCCUUUAUUUGACAAACAUGAAAAGAGCAAGGAGCACACGAAUGUGGCGCAAGCCAUUGCUAAACAAGCUAGCCGAGAAGAAAUGUCCAGUCGCCCACUUGCCAGAUGGCGAGACAAGCUGAAUGAAGAACAGCGGCAAGCUCUGUUUAAUAUUUUUCUCCUCGCCUUCCAUAAAGCUAAACACGCACGUCCCAUGUCUUCCUAUUCUGAGGAUGUUCCUUUACUGAAGCGGCUAGGAGUAAAUGUUGGAGGUGCAUAUCAUUCACGUGAAGGGGGCACACGGAUCAUGCAGAGCAUCGCUCACACCAUCAGCGGGGAGUUACGAGCCAAGUUGCAGUCUGCUGAAUUUUGAGGGCUGCUUUUUGAUGGAUCUGAGGACAUCACAAAAACUGAGCAGGAAAUCGUUUACAUUGUGUCUGUGUCCAGCAACGGAGAGUUUACUUCGUCCAACAACGGCUUCUACCCCAAGCCAUAAGACUCCUGAACUGCUAAUCAUGGCUACCCGGACUAUUUGCACUGCCCCCCCCCCACCCCAUCUUUUUACGCUGCUGCUACUCUGUUAAUUAUUUAUGCAUAGUCACUUUAACUCUACCCACAUGUACAGUGGGGGAAAAAAGUAUUUAGUCAGCCACCAAUUGUGCAAGUUCUCCCACUUAAAAAUAUGAGAGAGGCCUGUAAUUUUCAUCAUAGGUACACGUCAACUAUGACAGACAAAAUGAGGGAAAAACAUCCAGAAAAUCACAUUGUAGGAUUUUUUAUGAAUUUAUUUGCAAAUUAUGGUGGAAAAUAAGUAUUUGGUCACCUACAAACAAGCAAGAUUUCUGGCUCUCACAGACCUGUAACGUCUUCUUUAAGAGGCUCCUCUGUCCUCCACUCGUUACAUGUAUUAAUGGCACCUGUUUGAACUUGUUAUCAGUAUAAAAGACACCUGUCCACAACCUCAAACAGUCACACUCCAAACUCCACUGUGGCCAAGACCAAAGAGCUGUCAAAGGACACCAGAAACAAAAUUGUAGACCUGCACCAGGCUGGGAAGACUGAAUCUGCAAUAGGUAAGCAGCUUGGUUUGAAGAAAUCAACUGUGGGAGCAAUUAUUAGGAAAUGGAAGACAUACAAGACCACUGAUAAUCUCCCUCGAUCUGGGGCUCCACGCAAGAUCUCACCCCGUGGGGUCAAAAUGAUCACAAGAACGGUGAGCAAAAAUCCCAGAACCACACGGGGGGACCUAGUGAAUGACCUGCAGAGAGCUGGGACCAAAGUAACAAAGCCUACCAUCAGUAACACACUACGCCGCCAGGGACUCAAAUCCUGCCGUGCCAGACGUGUCCCCCUGCUUAAGCCAGUACAUGUCCAGGCCCGUCUGAAGUUUGCUAGAGUGCAUUUGGAUGAUCCAGAAGAGGAUUGGGAGAAUGUCAUAUGGUCAGAUGAAACCAAAAUAUAACUUUUUGGUAAAAACUAAACUCGUCGUGUAUGGAGGACAAAGAAUGCUGAGUUGAGAACACCACACCUACUGUGAAGCAUGGGGGUGGAAACAUCAUGCUUUGGGGCUGUUUUUCUGCAAAGGGACCAGGACGACUGAUCCGUGUAAAGGAAAGAAUGAAUGGGAUUUUGUAUCGUGAGAUUUUGAGUGAAAACCUCAUUCCAUCAGCAAGGUCAUUGAAGAUGAAACGUGGCUGGGUCUUUCAGCAUGACAAUGAUCCCAACACACCGCCCGGGCAACGAAGGAGUGGCUUCGUAAGAAGCAUUUCAAGGUCCUGGAGUGGCCUAGCCAGUCUCCAGAUCUCAACCCCAUAGAAAAUCUUUGGAGGGAGUUGAAAGUCUGUGUUGCCCAGCGACAGCCCCAAAACAUCACUGCUCUAGAGGAGAUCUGCUUGGAGGAAUGGGCCAAAAUACCAGCAACAGUGUGUGAAAACCUUGUGAAGACUUACAGAAAACGUUUGACCUGUGUCAUUGCCAACAAAGGGUAUAUAACAAAGUAUUGAGAAAAUUUUGUUAUUGACCAAAUACUUAUUUUCCACCAUAAUUUGCAAAUAAAUUCAUUAAAAAUCCUACAAUGUGAUUUUCUGGAAUUUCUUUUCUCAUUUUGUCUGUCAUAGUUGACGUGUACCUAUGAUGAAAAUUACAGGCCUCAUCUUUUUAAGUGGGAGAAUUUGCACAAUUGGUGGCUGACUAAAUACUUUUUUCCCCCACUGUACAUAUUACUUCAACUACCUCAACUAGCCGGUGCCCCCACACAUUGACUCUGCACCGGUACCCCCUUGUAUAUAUAGCCUCCCUACUGUUAUUUUAUUUUACUUCUGCUCUUUUUUUCUCAACACUUUUUUGUUGUUGUUUUAUUUGACUUUUUUAUUAAAAAUAAAUGCACUGUUGGUUAAGGGCUGUAAGUAAGCAUUUCACUGUAAUGUCUGCACCUGUUGUAUUCGGCGCAUGUGGCCAAUAAAAUUUGAUUUGAUUUGAAAUGGUGGAAGUGAGGAUGAGGAGAUGGCGUUGGUUGUUAUCUCGUAUGUCAUAUAGGGGGCGCACUAUUAUAGUAAACAAUGUGAUUGCCUCUGCACUGUGGCAUCUGUUGUCAGUUUUAGAGCCACCAUCUGGCCUUCUGGCUAAGAUACUGGCGAUUGUUGUAGAUUUCUUUUGGGAUAAAUAUCAUUGGGUUCCACAAAGUGUUUUGUAUUUGUCAAAAGAGGAGGGGGGACAAGGUCUUGUACAUCUUGCUAGUAGGGCUGCUGCUUUCCGGUUUCAGUUUAUUCAAAGGUUGCUUUAUGGACCGGAAAAUGUGGUUUGGAGAGGGGUGGCAGGUCUUGUAUUACAGCAGGUUGGGGGAUUAGGUUUAAAGAAGGCUUUAUUUUUGGUUGAUAGUAGCCAGAUUUCUAGGGAGGGAGUACCUCCGUUUUACAGAGGCCUUCUUAGGGUGUGGAGCAUAAUGAAGGUGUCCAGAUGAACUUCAGCGGAGUCAGUGCAAUGGCUGUUGGAGGAACCUCUGGUGUAUGGGGCAAGACUGGAUUGUACAACUGCAGCUGUUCCACAUUUCUCCAAGAUUCUGGUGAAGGGCAAAAUCAUCACCUUAAAACUGUUAAUGGCCAUGGCUGGGCCCGCCUUAAUGGAUGGAAGACGGGUGGCUGAACAUUUGGGGGUGAGGUCAGAAAGGAUUGUCGGACAACUGCUGGGAAGCUGCAGGAAGGCUCUGUCAGCAGAAGAGUGGGGUAUGCUGAAUAGUCACAAGAAGAAGGUACAAGAUGAAAACGUCUCAUUUCCAAAACUAGGGAAUUACACCCAAUAUCCCAGAGUCAGAAAGAAAGGCGUUAUUAUUGGAUUUGAGAGGGUUGGAAGAGGUGGGUUUGGAUGAGGUGAAUGGGAAAGACUUAAAUAGGGGGUGUGUCAAGGUGUUGAAUAAAGAUACAUUAGAAAAAACAAAAGACACACCAUGGAGGGUAAAAUUGGGCAUUGAUGACAAGGUAAAGCCAGCAUGGAGAGCACUGUACAAGCCACCGUUACAAAAGGGUACUGGGGAUAUGCAAUGGAGGGUUUUGCAUGGCAUCAUUGCAGUUAAUGCUUUUGUAUCUGUUAUUAACUCAGAUGUUGGAGAUGGAUGUCCUUUUUGUAAUUUAAGAGAAACAAUUUUUCACUGUUUUAUGGAGUGUGAGAGGAUAAAGCUCUCUUGGAAAUGCUGGAGUCUUUGUUUAAAGCUGUAGGGGAUAUUUUCAAUAACACUGUUUUUAUUUUGGGGUUUCAAUAUAGUAAGCAACAGAAAAGAAAAUGUCAACUGUUACAUUUUAUUUUGGGACAAGCUAAGAUGUCAAUUUUUCUGAGUAGGAAACAUAAGAUAGAAACGGGAUAUGGGCAGGAUGUAAGAUGUGUUUUUUAAAGGAUUAGUGAAAGCGAGAAUAAAAGUGGAUUUUUAGUUCUUCUCGGCUGUGAAAGAUCGCCCAUUGUUUUUUAUUUUUAUUUUUUAUUUAGGAAUUACAUUUGUUGUUUCAUUUCUGAAAAGGCAUUGUGCCAUUAUUAAUGUUAACACUUGAGUAUAAAAUAAAGGUUUUAUAAAAACUCUACUCUCUCUCGCUCUCUCUCUCUCUCUCUCUCUCUCUUUCUUCCUGUCUGUCUCUCUGUGUGUGUCUCUCUCUCUCUCAGAUGCCUGGAUCCAGUCAGAGUAUGAAGAAGACCAUUGGACACAGAGGAGUUGAGACUAACACUGGAGAGACCACCUAUAAAAAGGUCAGUAUGGGGUCAACACACACAAACCCACCAUGUGUGUGCUAAAAUUACCCGUAGCCUGAAACCCUUCCCCGUCCACACCUAAUGAUGAAUCGCAGAAUGUAAUGUACACAAGCAUUUGAGAGUCAUAGAUUAAUUAUAUAAUGAGAAUUCCUCAGACACAAUUAAUUUAUCAAUCUAUCUUGACAACCAUCCAUUUCUCCAUUUAUCUCUUCCACUUCCCCCUCCAGACCACGUCGUCAGCCCUGAAAGGAGCCAUCCAGCUGGGCAUCACUCACACUGUGGGCAGUCUGAGUCAGAAGGCAGAGAGGGACGUUCUCAUGCAGGACUUUGUGGUGGUCGAGAGCAUCUUCUUCCCCAGGUUAGACGUGUGUCUCCCCGUGUGUGUCUGUGUCACUGGCGUAGUACACAUCCUUUUCCCCCUCAUCAAUCUACACACAAUACCCCAUAAUGACAAAGCAAAAACAGGUUUUUAGAAAUGUUUGCAAAUUUAUAAAAAAAAUAAAAAACUGAAAUCACAUUUACGUAAGUAUUCAGACCCUUUACUCAGUACUUUGUUGAAGCACCUUUGGCAGCGAUUACAGCCUCGAGUCUUCUUGGGUACAACGCUACAAGCUUGGCACAUCUGUAUUUUGGGAGUUUCUCCAAUUCUUCUCUGCAGAUCCUCUCAAGCUCUGUCAGGUUGGAUGGGGAGUGUCGCUACACAGCUAUUUUCAGGUCUCCAGAAAUGUUAGAUCGGGUUCAAGUCCGGACUCUGGCUGGGCCACUCACGGCCAUUCAGAGACUUGUCCUGAAGGCACUCCUGCGUUGUCUUGGCUGUGUGCUUAGGGUCGUUGUCCUGUUGGAAGGUGAACCUUCGCCCCAGUCUGAGGUCCUGAGUGCUCUGGAGCAGGUUUUCAUCAAGGAUCUCGCUGUACUUUGCUCCGUUCAUCUUUGCCUUGAUCCUGACUAGUCUCCCAGUCCCUGCCGCUGAAAGACAUCCCCACAGCAUGAUGCUGCCACCACCAUGCUUCACCGUAGGGGUGGUGCCAGGUUUCCUCCAGAUGUGAUGCUUGGCAUUCAGGCCAAAAAGUUCAAUCUUGGUUUCAUCAGACCAGAGAAUCUUGUUUCUCAUGGUCUGAGAGUCUUUAGGUGCCUUUUGGCAAACUCCAAGCGGGCUUUCAUGUGCGUUUUACUGAGGAGUGGCUUCCGUCUGGCCACUCUACCAUAAAGGCCUGAUUGGUGGAGUGCUGCAGAGAUGGUUGUCCUUCUGGAAUAUUCUCCCAUCUCCACAGAGAACUCUGGAGCUCUGACCAAGGCCCUUCUCCCCCGAUUGCUCAGUUUGGCCCGGUGCGGCCAGCUCUAGGAAGAGUCUUGGUGGUUCCAAACUUCUUCCAUUUAAGAAUGAUGGAGGCCACUGUUCUUGGGGACCUUCAAUGCUGCAGAAAUGUGUUGGUACCCUUCCCCAGAUCUGUGCCUCGACACAAUCCUGCCUUGGAGCUCUACGGACAAUUCCUUCGAGCUCAUGGCUUUGUUUUUUGCACUGACAUGCACUGUCAACUGUGGGACCUUAUAUAGACAGGUGUGUGCCUUUCCAAAUCAUGUCCAAUCAAUUGAAUUUACCACAGGUGGACUCCAAUCAAUUUGUAGAAAUAUCUCAAGGAUGAUCAAUGUAAACAGGAUGCACCUGAGCUAAUUUUAGAGUCUCAUACUAGUGCUGUAAUUUUCAUCAUAGGUACACGUCAACUAUGACAGACAAAUUUAAGAAAAUGUUUUCCAGAAAAUCACAUUGUAGGAUUUUUAAUGAAUUUAUUUGCAAAUUAUGGUGGAAAAUAAGUAUUUGGUCACCUACAAACAAGCAAGAUUUCUGGCUCUCACAGACCUGUAACGUCUUCUUUAAGAGGCUCCUCUGUCCUCCAGUCGUUACCUGUAUUAAUGGCACCUGUUUGAACUUGUUAUCAGUAUAAAAUACACCUGUCCACAACCUCAAACAGUCACACUCCAAACUCCACUAUGGCCAAGACCGUAGAGCUGUCAAAGGACACCAGAAACAAAAUUGUAGACCUGCACCAGGCUGGGAAGACUGAAUCUGCAAUAGGUAAGCAGCUUGGUUUGAAGAAAUCAACUGUGGGAGCAAUUAUUAGGAAAUGGAAGACAUACAAGACCACUGAUAAUCUCCCUCGAUCUGGGGCUCCACGCAAGAUCUCACCCCGUGGGGUCAAAAUGAUCACAAGAACGGUGAGCAAAAAUCCCAGAACCACACGGGGGGACCUAGUGAAUGACCUGCAGAGAGCUGUGACCAAAGUAACAAAGCCUACCAUCAGUAACACACUACGCCGCUAGGGACUCAAAUCCUGCAGUGCCAGACGUGUCCCCCUGCUUAAGCCAGUACAUGUCCAGGCCCGUCUGAAGUUUGCUAGAGUGCAUUUGGAUGAUCCAGAAGAGGAUUGGGAGAAUGUCAUAUGGUCAGAUGAAACCAAAAUAUAACUUUUUGGUAAAAACUCAACUCGUCGUGUUUGGAGGACAAAGAAUGCUGAGUUGCAUCCAAAGAACACCAUACCUACUGUGAAGCAUGGGGGUGGAAACAUCAUGCUUUGGGGCUGUUUUUCUGCAAAGGGACCAGGACGACUGAUCCGUGUAAAGGAAAGAAUGAAUGGGGCCAUGUAUCGUGAGAUUUUGAGUGAAAACCUCCUUCCAUCAGCAAGGGCAUUGAAGAUGAAACGUGGCUGGGUCUUUCAGCAUGACAAUGAUCCCAAACACACCGCCCGGGCAACGAAGGAGUGGCUUCGUAAGAAGCAUUUCAAGGUCCUGGAGUGGCCUAGCCAGUCUCCAGAUCUCAACCCCAUAGAAAAUAUUUGGAGGGAGUUGAAAGUCCGUGUUGCCCAGCGACAGCCCCAAAACAUCACUGCUCUAGAGGAGAUCUGCAUGGAGGAAUGGGCCAAAAUACCAGCAACAGUGUGUGAAAACCUUGUGAAGACUUACAGAAAACGUUUGACCUGUGUCAUUGCCAACAAAGGGUAUAUAACAAAGUAUUGAGAAACUUUUGUUAUUGACCAAAUACUUAUUUCCCACCAUAAUUUGCAAAUAAAUUCAUUAAAAAUCCUACUAUGUGAUUUUCAGGAUUUUUUUUCUCAUUUUGUCUGUCAUAGUUGACGUGUACCUAUGAUGAAAAUUACAGGCCUCUCUCAUCUUUUUAAGUGGGAGAACUUGCACAAUUAUAUAUUCUGUUUUACUUUUUAUAAAUGUGCAAAAAUUUAUAAAAACCUGUUUUCGCUUUGUCGUUAUGGGAUAUUGUGUGAGGGGAAUAUAAUAUAUUUUAUAAAUUUUAGAAUAAGGCUGUAACGUAACACAAUUUGGAAGAAGUCAAGGGGUCUGAAUACUUUCUGGAGGGGGUCCCCCUAGAUAGUAUAUGAACAAGUCAUAAACCAUGAAAGAAAUGUUUAUAAUUACAGGAAACUAAAACAUUUUCUCUCAGCCUCAUGGCAAAAUGUGUAAAAUAGCAUAAGAUUAGCUAGAUAAUGGAAAAAAAUUCUAAACUGUUGGACACCAUUGGUCUGGGUGUGUCCAUCUUGCAUCUAUGCUUGAGAGAACUCUUCCUGUAUUCAGCGCUCAUUAACCCCCCCCCCCCCCCUCUGUCUGUCUCAGUGAGGGCAGUAACCUGACACCUGCCCACCACUACAGUGACUUCAGGUUUAAGACAUACGCCCCCAUCGCCUUCCGCUACUUCAGAGAACUCUUUGGCAUCCGGCCAGACGACUACCUGGUCAGUAGACUACAAAGAUUUCCUUAAUUGAAUCUGGUUGGGUUGGUUUGGUUUUGAUUGGUUGUGUCUGGUUGUAGUUCUCUAUGGUCAGGAUGGUUGAUUGGUCUUGUCUGGUUGUAGUUCUGUGGUCAGGAUGCUAACUAACUCCUAUCCUACAGUACUCUCUGUGUAACGAUGGCCUGAUAGAGCUGUCUAACUCCGGGGCCAGUGGCUCUCUCUUCUACGUGUCCAGUGAUGAUGAGUUCAUUAUCAAGACGGUGCAGCACAAAGAGGCUGAGUUUCUCCAGAAGCUACUACCAGGAUACUUCAUGGUGAGAUAUUGAAGGAGCAGGGGGAGGAUACUUCAUGGUGAGAUAUUGAAGGGGGGGUAAUACUUAAUGGUGAGAUAUUGAAGGGGGGGGGGGUGUAAUACUUCAUGGUGAGAUGUUGAAGGAGGAGGAUACUUCAUGGAGAGAUAUUGAAGGAGGGGGGAAGGAUACUUAAUGGAGAGAUAUUGAUGGGGGGUAAUACUUCAUGGUGAGAUAUUGAGGGGGGGAGGACACUUCAUGGUGAGAUAUUGAAGGAGGAGGAUACUUCAUGGAGCGAUAUUGAAGGAGGAGGAUACUUAAUGGAGAGAUAUUAUAGGGGGGAGGAUACUUCGUGUAGAGAUUGAAGGAGGAGGAUACUUCAUGGAGAGAUAUUGAAGGAGGGAGAGGAUACUUCAUGUAGAGAUAUUGAAGGAGGAGGAUACUUCAUGGAGAGAUAUUGAAGGAGGAGGAUACUUCAUGGAAAGAUAUUGAAGGAGGAGGAUACUUAAUGGAAAGAUAUUGAAGGAGGAGAGGGAAGAUACUGUCUGUGGUGGCCUGUGUGUUUUAGUGUUUAUAUAAUACCUAACUGUCUUGUCUUUUCCUCUCUCCCCCCCAAUCUCUCCUCACUUCUCCUUUCUACCCCUCCCUUCUUUCCCCGCUUUCCACCCUCCCCCCUUCUCUCCCUCCAUCCAACCCCUCUGUAGAACCUGAAUCAGAACAAGCGGACCCUGCUUCCUAAGUUCUACGGUCUGUACUGCAUCCAGGCGGGAGGGAAGAACAUCCGCCUGGUGGUGAUGAACAACCUGCUGCCCCGCGUGGUCCACAUGCACCUCAAGUACGACAUGAAGGGUUCCACCUAUAAGAGACGGGCCUCAGCCAAGGAGAGGGAGAAGACUUUUCCUACCUAUAAAGACCUGGACUUCAUCCAGGACCUGCCUGAUGGAAUGCUGCUGGAGCCGGACAACUACAACGCCCUUAGCAAGACCAUCCAGAGAGACUGCCUGGUGGGAGGGAGGGAGGGUGUGUGUGUUCUGUUUUGUGUAUGUGCUGUUUGGGUGUACUGUAUAGUAACUCUUAUGCGUUUGUGUGUUCUCCAGCUCCUGCAGAGUUUUAAGAUCAUGGACUACAGUCUGCUGGUGGGGAUCCAUAACCUGGAGCAGGCUAGUAGGGAGCGGGAGCGAGGAGGGGGGCAGGUGGGGGACAGUGGUGGGUCAGAGGGGGCGGUGACCCCAGACCAGCGACGACCCCAGGCCCAGAAGAGUCUAUACUGCACAGCCAUGGAGUCUAUACAGGGAGAGGCCCGCGGGAAGGGGGCCCUGGAGUCUGAGGACCAGUGAGUCAAUCAAUACAUCACACGAUAUUACUUUGGGAAAAGUGCCAACUUUCACAUAAAAUUAUGAUUUGUUGAUGGUGAUUGGUUGGUGUGGUGUAUGAUGUCAUUUCAGUAUGGGCGGGAUCCCAGCCAGGAACUCUAAAGGAGAGAGGUUGCUGGUCUUUAUCGGCAUCAUCGACAUUCUGCAGUCCUACAGGUAGGUGCUUGUUUCUUUGUUUGUGUGUGCGUUCUUGUGUACAGACUACAUACAAUUUCACAUAGUUAAUAUAAUGAUACAGUACUCAAUGUAUUGGGACAGUGACACAUUUCUUGUUUUACUCUAGCACUUUGGAUUUGAAAUGAUACAAUGUAAGUACCCUCAAAAUAAAGUUGACAGUCUGCACUUUAACCUCAUAGUCAUUGUAUCAUUUCUAAUGCAAAGUGCUGGAGUACAGAGCCUAAACAACAACAAAAUGGUCAAUGUCCCAAUACUUUUGGAGCUCACUGUAUACCAUUAGCAGAUGAAUUUAUCCAAUGCGACUUAGUCAUGCGUGCUUAUAUUUUACGUAUGGAUGGUCCCAGGAGUCGAACCAACUAUCCUGGCGCCAUGCUUUACCAACUGAGCUGUGUUCACCAAGACUGUUUUUUCAGGUUCAUCAAGAAGUUGGAGCACUCAUGGAAGGCCCUCGUCCAUGAUGGGGUAAGAUCCUACACACACACACACACACACACACACUAUACCUGUAGUACAUUAUGAAAGAUGCCACAGAUGCAGGUGUCAGAUCUGCCACUGCUUAUGUCAGGCCUAUGUCAGGUUAUAGCUGGUUUAUUCCUUUUCCUCUGUAGGAUACAGUGUCGGUGCACAGACCAGGCUUCUACGCUGAGCGCUUCCAACAAUUCAUGUGUAACACAGUGUUCAAGAAGAUCCCAUGUAAGACUGCUGUGUGCUUGUGUAUUUUCUGUUUCAAUAUUGACUUUUAUGAUAUAACGUGCUGUCGUUAUUUAUUGUUAUAUUGUUCUCUCCACCCCCCCCAUCCCCACCCCUCAGUGAAGCUCUCCCCGUCUAAGAAGUCUCGUGGUGGGGGUCCGGGGGGUCUGAGGAGAGCUCCUACCCUGGGAGGCCCCACCCCCCACUCCCACGCUGCUGGACAGUCUGUGGUGGACCCCCGACUCGUCUACCACUCCCACUUCAACAGGGCUGACGCAGAUGGAGACAGCGGUGAGUGAACAGUUAACACAAACAUGGAUUGUAUGUUUGAUCAGAGGUCAAGGUGGACCAGAGCUACAUGAAGUGCCUAUGGACAAGGGGUUAGGGGUGGACUUGGAAUUGGGCUAUUAGUUUCCCUCUUUACUCCCUCUUUCUGUUCAGGCAUGCAGUCGGGCAGGCCAGACCUGGUGCCAAGAACCCCUCCCCUGGCGGGAGGGUCAGGGGAUGCAGAGGCCAACCUCUCUACGUCCUCAUUAGGAAGCACAGGACUCACCACCUCCUCUCCUCCGCUACGGUAACACAUCCCUCCAUCACCUCUCCUCUCUUCCCCUCUCCUCCACAAAGUAAGUCCUCCUCCUCAAGUCACCCAGUUCAUGUGUUUCUCUCUCUCUCUCUCUCUCUGUAGGUCAGUAGGGGUUGAGGUGCAUAGAGCAGUAACAAGCACAGACCAAGACCACGGUGCCUCCCACAGGUACACAAAGGAAUUACACCAUUGACUCGCAUGUAUUCCCAUUUACAUGAACACACACUAUACACACACAUACCCUUAUCAAUCUUCUCUCUCUCUGUCUCUCAGUAUGGGGGCGGAAGUGAAAGAAUCAGGUGAUCAGUCAGGUAAUGAAGAUGCCAUCUCACUAUCAGACAUCGUCCCAGAGACCAACAUCUGCUAAAUCUGGCCCAAUCCUCUUCCUCCUCUUCUUAAGAUCUUCACUAUGGUGUUUCCCAUAGCUCACUGGCCUCCCUCCCUGUCUGUCCCCAACAGUAACAACUGAUCUGGAGUCAUCUGAGGAAAAGGUGAUUUUGGAACCAAGGAGGUGGGUGGAAGAGAGAGCGAGAGGGGGAGAGUAAUCCUCCAUCCUGACUCCUCUUUCGAUCCAUCCCUCGAGGUUUGGAAUGUACUUCAGGCUGGCUGAACGGGAUGGGGGGGUUGAGAAGUGAAAGAGGGAGAGGGUGAGUGACUGACUGAGUGCCAGCGAGAGGAGCAAAGAGAAAGAGAGAGUGUGUAUGUGUGAGGUGGGGGUGGUUGUCUGAAGGCUUGGUCAGCCAGACAGACACAGUGCUGCUAGAAACCCAUCUCUAACUAAGUUACAGGAGUCUCUGUGUCACUAAACCCACUUAAACUGUCCCACCGAUCACAAAGUCUGAAGGGGAGAGGGAUGUGGGCUCAGACACCCCUGUAUCGACAGUGUGGAGGAGGAACACCAUGCUCUAUAUCACACUCUGGUUUUUACAUUUUAGUCAUUUUUAGCAGACGCUCUUAUCCAGAGCGACUUACAGUUAGUGAGUGCAUACAUUUUCAUACUGGCCCCCCGUGGGAAACGAACCCACAACCCUGGCGUUGCAAACGCCAAGCUCUACCAACUGAGCUACACAGGGUUGUUCUGUGUUACUGUGUGCAUUCCUUCUUGUGGAAAGUCUAAGUGGGUUCAGUUUUCAGUGACUCAGAGCAUAAUAUCUCAUAUAUUAUCAUUCUACAUCUCUCCACCCCCUCCUCUCUCCACACAGCCAGGAGAUGGGAGGGAAACAGGAGAAUCAUCUCUAUGUAGUGUUUUAUACUUUUUAUUAUGACUACACUUUUACUGCUAUGGACAGAACAUAUGUUUUCAUCACACAGACCUUCUAUUCAUUUAGAUUAUGGAUGUAUACAGUGGCUGACUGACUGAAUUUGGGAGCUGGAAUGUACAGGCCAGAGCUAUAGGUAGGCUAUACUCCACAGGAGGUUGGUGGCACUUUAAUUGGGGAGGACGGGUUCGUGGUAAUGGCUGGAGCGGAAUGAGUGGGAUGGUAUCAAAUACAUCAAACACAUGGUUUGAUGCCAUUCCAUUCUCACCGUUCCAGCCAUUAUUAUGAGCCGUCCUCCCCUCAGCAGCCUCCACUGCUAUACACAGUGUUGUUUAUGUGUCUAUUGCUCUGGUACUGUCUGAUGGGGAGGCUCUGUCUGUCACUCUGUCUCCAUGGUUAUCCUGGAAUCUUCCUCUCUGAUGAGACCACAUGUGCUAUAGUGAUCAAGGUUUAAAGAGGACAUAAAAUAAGGUUUAAAAAAACACCAGCAAAUCAGCUCCAAGUGAUUUUAAUUUGAGAAAUCUGUUCCAAAGUAUUCCUAUGCAUAAUAGAGAGAUAUGUGAUUGUAAGCAAGGUUUGAAAUUGUUUUAGUCAAAUAUUAUCUGUUUGGGCUUCUUGCAGUCAAUUUGCACUCAACACAUUAUUUGUAAUUAUGUUCCUGGCCCCCUGACCAUCCGCUCAAGAAGAAAAUCGGCCCACGGCUGUAUCUAGUUGAUGAUCCCUUGAAUAGAGGCUCCCCACACCAGAGAAGAGACAGCGAGGAGUAGUAACAGAAGGACAGGACAGUGACAUGACCACACUAACACUAGCUGCCUCUCACUCACCGUCUUCCUUUUAUAUCUGUGCCUUUGUGUCUCAGUCUGGUGCUAGUCUUGCUGAGCUG